CAGGCCGGGGUGGGCCGGGUGUGUGUUUACAUCCACUGGCGCUGCCCCUGCCCGAGGUCGUUCUGGCCCCGGGUCCGAGCCCGUCCGUGCCAUGGACACCAGCGACCUGUUCGCCAGCUGCAGGAAGGGGGAUGUGGGCCGCGUGCGGUGAGGUUCCCCGGGAGGUACCUGCUGGAGCAGCGAGAUGUAGAGGUGAAUGUGCGUGACAAGUGGGACAGUACACCUUUGUACUAUGCUUGCCUUUGCGGGCAUGAGGAGCUGGUCCUCUAUCUUCUAGCCAAUGGGGCACGCUGUGAGGCCAACACAUUCGACGGUGAGCGUUGCCUGUAUGGGGCGCUGAGCGAUGGCGUCCGUCGGGCACUGAGGGAAUACAAGCAAGUGACAGCGUCUUGUCGGAGGCGGGACUACUAUGACGACUUCCUGCAGCGGCUCCUGGAGCAGGGCCUUCACAGUGAUGUGGUCUUCUUGGUACAUGGGAGGCCCUUCCGGGCGCAUCGCUGUGUGCUGGGUGCUCGCAGCACCUACUUCGCCAACAUGCUAGACACCAAGUGGAAGGGCAAGAGCGUUGUGGUUCUCCGGCACCCUCUGAUCAACCCAGUGGCCUUUGGGGCCUUGCUGCAGUACCUGUACACAGGCCGCCUGGACAUAGGUGUGGAGCAUGUCAGUGACUGCGAGCGUCUGGCCAAGCAGUGCCAACUGUUGGACCUGCUCAGUGACCUGGAGGCCAAGUGUGAGAAAGUGUCUGAGUUCGUGGCUUCCAAGCCUGGCACAUGUGUGAAGGUACUGACCAUCGAGCCGCCCCCUGAGGACCCCAGGCUCCGGGAGGACCUAGCCCUGCUGGCCGAUGGCGCCCUGCCCCCUGAGCUCCGGGGCGAUCUAGAUGAGUUGCCCUUUCCCUGCGCAGACACUUUCAACAGCUGCCCAGAUGUGUGCUUCCGCGUGGACGGUCUCAGCUUCCUGUGCCACAAGGCCUUCUUCUGUGGCCGCAGCGACUACUUCCGGGCCCUGCUGGACGACCACUUUCAGGAGAAUGAGGAACUGGAGGUCUCAGGUGGGCUCCCAGCCAUCACCCUGCACGGCAUCUCCCCAGAGGUCUUCACCCACGUGCUCUAUUAUAUCUACAGCGACCACACGGAGCUGCUGCCGGAGGCGGCCUACGAAGUGCUGAGUGUGGCCGACAUGUACCUAUUGCCCGGCCUGAAGCGUCUCUGCGGUCGCAGCCUGGCCCAGCUGUUGGAUGAGGACAGCGUGGUGGGCGUGUGGCGCGUGGCCAAGCUGUUCCGCCUGGCGAGGCUGGAAGACCAGUGCACCGAGUACAUGGCCAAGGUCAUCGAAAAGCUGGUGGAGCGAGAGGACUUUGCAGAGGCCGUGCGGGAGGAGGCAGCAGCGGUGGCAGCCCGGCAGGAGACCGAUUCUAUCCCACUGGUGGAUGACAUUCGUUUCCAUGUGGCCAGCACAGUGCAGACCUACAGCGCCAUCGAGGAGGCACAGCAGCGGCUGCGAGCGCUGGAGGACCUCUUGGUGGCCAUUGGCCUGGACUGCUGAUCUCGGCCUGCACACGGCCUGCCUCUUGCUUCACAUACCCACCAGGGUGUCCUGGGGACUUUGGGGCUCAGUGGAGCGCACCAAGAGCCUGGGGAAUCCCUGGGGAGGGUCCCCAGGCGGGGGAGUCCCCUUCCCCCAAUGUAGAAGUCAGCCUCCUGUGGCCAGGCUGGGCAGAACUCAGGGAAAGUCUCAGCAAUUAGGGAAACUCUCAGCGCUUAGGGAAACUCUCAGCGCUUCCCUCCAGCUGCCUGCUGGGCCCUGGCUGGCUUUGCUUCCCCAAACUCACCAGCUGUGACCACGCACAGGGCAGGCUGGUGAGCUAUGUCUGUGGCAAUAAAGCUCAAAUUCACUGUGGGA